GUACUUUUCUGUAACACUUUUACACUUUUGUGCAAUUCUGAAUGAUUGAUUGAUUGAUAAUACAUGAGAUAUUACCCUGUGGGUUAUCAGCUAUGUUGAGUUGAAGUUCAGCAUUGGAAAUUCAGAAAUUGGGGAGUAAUAAUCUCAUAAUUUUCUGUUCGUAGACGAGCUGAAAGGUCUGUUCAAGCGAAUUGAGGUCUCAGAACAGAUCAGGCAGAGGUUUCAGACUGACAACGAGGAGCUAUGCAAGGAGAUACUCAAAUUACGCAGGCAAAUCAGGAAUUUGGAGAACGAGAUGGAGAGGGUGCAGGAAGGCGAGAAAGGUCUACUGAUCAAGCUGGAUGGAGUUGAGGAAAACUUAAGGAGCAAAAUCCUGGACAUUGCCGAUCUGAAGAAGCAGCUGAGUGAGACGGAAGCUGUCGUCAAGCAACAACAGGCUCUCUUCGAAACAGUGCGCACUGAAAAGAAUGCGAUCGCUAAAGAACUCUUCCAAUGCAAGGGAGAAAUAGAAGGACUACAUGAGAGAACAAAAUUGAUGACAAGUCAAAUAGAGCAGCUGAAAGGUGAUAUAGCUAACAAGGAAGAUCUUCUAACAAAAGAAGAAUUGGCGUUUAGGAAGGCACAGACAGAGAAAGAAUGCUUGAGAGCGGACGUACAGCGUUGGAGAGACGCAGUGAGAGAUAGCAAGAGAGCCGCCAACCUCCUGCAGGAAGAGGUCAAGGAUAUUAAGCACUCCAUGAAAGAGUGUGACUUUGAAAUAAAUCGACUCAACGUUGAGAAGAAACAUGUAAUGAAUGAGAAAAUCGCCAUCAGUAAACAGCUUUUGAAUGCCUCACAAGAAAACGACCUGCUCAAUGAAAAAGUGAAAAUAUUUCAAGCCACUAUUGAUAAAGGCAAAACCCUCUACGCCAAACGUCUUCACGAUAUUCGACUGUUGAAAUUCGAAAUAGAGCAGUUACGGAAAGAGAAAGGUAACUUGUCCAAGGCUCUGAACAACACCACAGACUUCCGUUCGGAGAUCUAUCACUUGGAGAGAGACCUUGCCAAAGAGAGACUCAAGUCUAAAGCACUAGAGGAGGAACUCCAAACACCUCUGAAUGUGCAUCGAUGGAGAAAGCUUGAGGGAUCCGACCCAAGCAAACUGGAGCUGAUACAGAAAAUUCACAUCCUCCAGAAACGUCUGGUGAAGGGCAUAUCAACCAUAGAGGAGCAGGAAAAGAAGUACGUAGAGGUAGAACAGAAGUACGAGGUGUUGAAGUUGAAAUUCUGUCGACAGCCGACUCCUCAGGCCUCUCAACAACUCUAUAAAGUCCAGCUCAUGUUGAGGAAGAAGAUACAAACUAUCAAG